CAUCUCAAAGGUGACCUGAUUGUAUAAUUUAGAAUUGGCAUUUUGCUUUAUUCUCGUUGUGUUAAAAGUGGACUUUCUUGACAAUGCUUGGAUCUAAUUUCAAGCCUACAGUCUUGUAUACUAUACCGUUUCUGGACGCUUCAUCAUCAGUACUCCCCCCUAGCCGAGUGAUCUCUCAAUGACGAGACCACAACGAUGGAUUUCGUACCUACCGAAAUACUGCUUCAAGUUUUUGAGUAUCUGGACUCUCCUGCGCCGUCUGAGACACAUCUACAUGACGAGCCGGGCCUCGAGUUGCUUACGACUCAACCGGGCGGUCCGAGGCCGCCCCUCAAAGCCGUUUCCCUCGUCUCAAGAUCAUGGCGUUCUCUGUCGCUGCCGCGCCUGUUUCGACAUGUCUUAUGGAAGCCUAAUGUCUAUUCCUUGAGCGCCUUCACUCUAAAUCCCAUACCGCUACUACGGUUCCUCUCUGAGAACGACCUAGCACAUCGUGUCAUCACUUUCACUCUCGUCAUUGACUUCCAUGAUCCCGCCGCCGUAGAUCAUCAAGUCGCUCCUCGUAUACGCACCGCGGACCUUGAAUGGUUAUGGGAUCAAAUAUUUUCCGUCAUUGAUCCUCUAAGAUUUACCAUUUUCUCUCGUCCUACCACUCUGGCAGCUCUAUUGUCAUGCAUGCUCUACCUGAACGAUGCUUGGUUUUUUGAUAUCCCGUAUCAUAUACUCUCCUUUUCCCGGUCGAGUCGUCAAGUAAAAACUGGAAGCGAUGGUCCGCCAAGCGGUACUUCUACAGAUACUCGGUCCAGUAUGCCAGCGAUUUCAUCUACAUCGCGCUGUCUUGCUACAGACUCGAGACAAGUAGCUUGUCCACUCUUCACAAUCCGACCCUGGACUUCACUCCUCCUCAACGAAGGCUCUUCCACCAAGGUAUACCGUGUGUACGAGUUCUAUCUACGUAGACCGCCAUCGAUAUUAGGUGCUUUACUUGGGUGUGAAGAAUAUCCCAACAAUGUGCCUCUGAUUCCACCGUCCGUGGUAGACUUCAAUUACAUUGCAAUAUUUCCUCUCGCCUCUCACUUCCAGAUGCUGCUAGAGCAUCUACCUAGGAUCAAUCGGUUGUUCGUGCAACUGCAGGCCAGGCCCGAGAGCGGCAUUCUAGAAAAUGGAGAUGAGAUGCGACAUAUAGACCCUAACGACUUGUGGCUUGAACGAGAUACUUCCUAUACAGUAUUAAUGCGUGAGCUCAUACUUUCUGACAAUCCUCGAGCCAAUUGGCGUCUGCUGCGAAACUUUGAAAGUGGCGAUUUCAUCGACAGCGAGGCUUGGGAGCUUAUCACCCAGAUAUUCGAACGAAGUGAGACCAAAGAAUGGACAGUUGAGCGACCAGGCGUCUUCACAAGACUCAUCGAUGAUAAAGCCGUGGGUCGAAGUGACCAAGAAAUAGGCCAUGUAGGGGCAUUUACCAACACCCCUAAUUCCAACGUGAUGUAAGUAUAUUCCAUUUCAAUGGUACUCUUAAAGCAUGGAUGUAGACGAGUUUGAUAUCUUCGGAAAGCUGAACCUUGAGUUCGAUGAACUCAGCAUGAGUAUACAUUUUCGAUGAUCACCUUGCUCUUCUAGAAGAAGACCUUUUCCUCUACCUAUUCAUCAUUUUCUCAUGGGCAGUCUUGGGAAAGCCAAUUUUUGUCUAAUUGGAUAUAAAAAAUGAACACUUUUGUGCUAGAUAAUAAUACACUAGUGGCAUGGGUUCGAUGGGUCAGACAACGCCGUCAGCACACGCAUGAAUGAACACCUUUGUCUUAUUUAGCCCCCCAGAGUCAACCCUUGAGCUCUUCAAGAACAGGAUAUGGCAGCUAAUGAAAUACGAAGCCAGAGAUCUUUGAGACGCAUCGCCUUCAAGGGUGUAGCUCACCUACCAUUUUCUAUGAUGUGGACGGCUCUAAACGCAGAAUUCAACCCUGAGCUAUUUGACUUGCCGUGAAGGUCAAUAGAUUCUGAGGCACGGGUUGUUAUUCCUAGGCCCCUUUGUCGGCUUUAGCUGUUUGGCCUCAAUACCGUGUAUACGAACAAAUCCGACAUGUCACCAAUGAUAUGGGCUGCUUAAGACAAGGGUAUAUAUUCAUGAUGUCUGGGACUAGUGAGGUUACGCUGUAUAGUGGCAGUGUGUAGUAAUAAGUCGCGUGUAAAUCUACAAAUAUAUCCCCAGGCGUCGCUUUCAAAU